AUUCGUACAACGAAAGAAACAUGAUUAGAACGUGCCGUUCAGUCUAAAAUGAACUAAUGAACAGAGAAAUGUGACUUUGAUCUUUUUGCAUAUUCUAUAUAUUAUACAGGUUUAAAUUGAAACAGUUAAUGGAUGGAUAUUGUGAAUAAUAAAAGGGAAUAGAUAUGCUUUAAAAACAAGUUCAUUGAGUGUUGUGAAAUAUAACAUCGUUGCCAGGUGUACACAUUGAAAUACAAAUGUACGCAUAUUCUAUCUAGCAUACACUCUAACAAGGAAUUAUCAACAGGUGAGCUCUGUGCCGUAAAUAAGAUGCUAAUUUUCUUCACAGUGUGAAGGUACUGGCGCGAUAUAUAUAGAUUCUAAAAUGUGCAAGGUAUGUAGUGCUUAACGAUUGUAGCUCUAUUUUGAACAUUCUAGCUUAUUUUAACAAAAUGAUUGUAAGAUCGGGUGAUAUAAAGAGAUGCUCCUGAAGGCAAUUCUACUUAUAGUAAUCAAACUAGAUUGAUUGUACCAGCAUUGAUAACGUAAAAGGAAAUACACGGUAUUAAAUCAGUGCCAUAUAAAACAUAAAGGAUAUUUGUAAAAUAUAUUCAGCUAUUGAAAUAAUAUCACUACUCGGCGGAUGACGCUUAAAAAAUGGAACAUAAAGAAGAAGUGAAUUCUGCUAUUGCAAAACGCGAAGUUAAUUCUGCUAUUGCAAAAAGCGACUCUGCUGAUUACAUUUCUAUAGAAGGACCAAAAGUGCCAACUUCUGAAGGCAAAAUCCAAACAGAGGUGCCAGCAAAAAUUAACAAAUCAGUUUCUUUGGAUACAGGCGGAGAGCACGAAUCUGAUAAGAAGCAUCCGACACUAAGUUCUGGAUCUUUUAAACGCCGAUCUAUUCGGAGACGUUCAAGUAAGCGUUCAAGUAGGCCAGAACCGGAAUGUGGACAUGAUACCGAAACGUACGAGAAAAUUCGAGAAAGAGUUUUACAAGAACGCGCAGUGACGAACGCUAUAGACGCUUUACAAGAACGCUGGAGAAUGAUCAUGUUUAUGUAUGAGGAUUGUGUUGAUCUCAACAAGCAAAGAGCAGAAUGUAAAUUAAAGAAACUAUGCAUUAAACGACAGUUUGAACUUAUUAUGAUUAUACUAUCGUUUAUUUUGGUGUCUCUACAAAUAUCCGUGAUUUUUAUAUUAAUAGCCAGAUAACAAAAAUCGUUAAUUAAUUUCAAGAUUGACUGGAGUUAACAGUAAUAUUCAUACCUGAUCUUUUGAUUGUUUAUCAGUAUUAAUGUAAUAAAAAGUUAAAUAUGCAA